AUGAAGCCAUAUUUAUUUCAAUUUCUCUUAUUCCUUCUCCUUUUCAUUCUCAACCCAUCAACCCUUUCAGCUAUUCGAGUCCCUCCUUCUUUAACAAAACAAAUAAUAACAAAGUUCAAGGACCAACUGAAUCACUAUAUAUGGAAGAAGACGUUAGACAAGUUCAAAAAGUUACCUCCACCAAAUGCACAGUCAGCCAAAGAGAUCAAGGACCUAUCUGAAAUCAAACAGUAUUUCUCUGAUUUCGGUUACCUCCAACAAUCGGCUCCAUUCAAUGACACUCUAGACGAUGUAACAAUUUCAGCUCUUAAGACCUACCAGAAAUAUUUCAAUCUCCAAAUUACUGGUGAUUUAAACAACGAGACUUUACAACAAAUCUUGUUACCAAGAUGUGGUGUCCCUGACAUGAAUUUCGAGUAUGGUUUUACAGAGACACUUAAUGUGUCUUGGCCGAACGGAAACAGCUGGUUUCCUUUCGGCACUAGAAACCUUACAUAUGGAUUUGCUCCAGAGAAUGAAAUCCCAUUAAACUUUACACAAGUCUUGAAAAAUGCAUUAACGCGAUGGUCACAGACAACAAACGUUUUGAGUUUCACUGAGACAACUUACGAUGUUGCAAACAUUAAGAUUGGUUUCUACAUUUACGAUGAUAGGGUUGAAGAUGUUGUGAUAGGAGACUCUUUUAUAAACAAGCAACUCAAUUCUAAUGUAUCGUCAGGUGUGAUACAACUGGACGCUUCAAAAUACUGGGUGUUGCCAACUGACAACUUCGCUUGGUCUUGGAAGGAUGGAGAAAUUGAUUUGGAGACUGCAGUGAUGCAUCAAAUAGGUCAUCUGCUUGGACUUAAUCACUCUUCUGACAAGGAGUCAAUUAUGUAUCCAACAAUAUUGCCAUCACAACAAAGGAAGGUUGAGAUAACAGUUUCAGAUGGCCAAGCCAUCCAACAACUAUAUUCUACUAAAGACAACAACACAAGUUCCGGUAACGUUGGACGCUUCAACAACACAAGUUCCGGUAACGUUGGACGCUUUACAAUGUUUGAGUCUAGUUACGGUUUUGUAAUAUCUUUGUCCCUUGGGGUUUUCUUUCAUGGUUGUGCUGAACUAGCUUAUGAAUUUGUAAUUUGUAUCCUUUAG